AUGUCACCCCGACCUAUCAAGCGUGUCGCUGUCGUGGGCGCCGGCCCCUCUGGUGCGAUAGCCAUUGACGCCCUGGCCAGGGAGCAGGCUUUCGAUAUCAUCCGCGUCUUUGAGCGGCGUGAGGCUGCGGGAGGAUGCUGGAUUGGCGACAAUGGACGGCCACCGCCGACAGAGACAGACCUGGCCACGUUGGGGGACCGCACGGCAGACAAGCCAAUCGAGAUUCCAUCACAUCUCCCUGCAUUUGCGCCAAGGACCCAGCAGGAUCGUUAUACAGAGUCGUCCAUAUAUCCUUACCUGGAGACCAAUGUCGACGAAUUGACGAUGCGGUUCACAGAGGAGCCGUUCCCGGAUGAAAAGAGCGAGCGCUCCAUUGACCUCUAUGGCCCGAACACGCCAUUCCGACACUGGAAAGUGGUUCGGGAUUAUGUGCAGUCACUCGUGCAACGUCGUGGCUAUGAGGAUUACGUCUCGUACAACACGACGGUGGAGCGCGCCGAGAAGAUUGGCCAUGAGUGGAAGGUGACUUUGCGUAAAGGCGGUCAGGAACGAGAUUAUUUCUGGGUGGAAUGGUUCGACGCAGUGGUGGUGGCCUCGGGUCACUACGCCGUGCCGUACAUCCCGACGAUACCAGGCCUCGAGGACACAGAGAGGAGCCGUCCUGGUACAGUCGUCCACAGCAAGCACUUUCGAGGGCGAGACAUGUAUGAGAAUAAGAGCCCAGUCCAUGCUGUUGUCAUAGGCCACACAGCCAACGCCUACUUUGGCGAUGUAGCAUUCAAUCACCCGCGGAUCCAGCGUCAUCACUCCAUCACACGAGUCGACGGGAAGACGGUGCAUUUCAGCGACGAUACGUCGAUCAGCGAUGUUGAUCACCUCAUCUUCGGAACGGGGUACACGUGGACGUUACCAUUCCUGCCGCAAGUGCCCAUCCGCAAAAACCGCGUACCAGAUCUGUAUCAGCAUGUUGUGUGGCGACACGACCCGACUCUGCUCUUUGUUGGUGCCGUCAACGCUGGACUCACGUUCAAGAUCUUUGAAUGGCAAGCCGUCUACGCCGCGAGACUCUUAAGCGGACGCGGCAAGCUACCACCCGUCAGCGAACAAGCCAAGUGGGAGGAAGACCGCAUCAAGGCACGAGGCGACGGCCCAAAGUUCGCCGUCAUCCAUCCCGAUUUCGAGGCGUACUUCAACCAGCUAAGGGAGCUUGCUGGCGAUGGCGAUGGCGUGGGCAGAAAGCUGCCAGCUUUCGAUCGAAGGUGGUUCAGGCAGUUUAUGGAAACCCACGAAAGCAGGAAACGCAUGUGGCGUCGCAUCAUUGCCGCCGCGCGGGAAGAGCUAGAGGAGAGCGAAGCCUCCAGUAAACCGAAAGCGCGUCUUUAG